AUGAGGUUCACCGCUAGAUUAAGUACUUUAUAUCUUAUCCUUCUCUCUUCUCGCUCAUCCGCAACAGAGGAGACGCAGUUCGAACAGCGCUGUUCAGACCUCACGGAUAGCUUCAAUGCCGUCGAUACAGAUAUUCUCCUCGCAGAGUAUGUCGCGCAGGGGACAAACAUAACCUUUCCUGAACCUGUCGCGAACCGGUGUCUAAAAUUCGCUAUAUCGUUGGCAGAUAUGUGUCGUCUUAGACUCAAUGUAACUACUAGCAGUACAUCUAGUGUCAUUGUUGAAGUUUUUAUGCCCACAAAUUGGGAGUCGAAAGGGGAGAGGUUUUUGAUGACGGGGAAUGGCGGGUUAGGCGGGUGCAUCCAAUAUAACGACAUGACAUACGGAACAUCUCUCGGCUUCGCAGUCGUUGGUCAUAAUAACGGACACGCUGGUGAUACAGGGCUCCCCUUCUUCAACCGCCCCGAAGUAGUCAAAGACUACGCAUGGAGGGCCCUUCACACCGCCGGGAAGAUCGGUAAAAGCGCUGUGAGCCAUUUUUACUCAUCGUUGAUCAAUAAAUCCUAUUAUAUCGGGUGUUCAUCAGGUGGACGCCAGGGUUUAAAAGCCGCCCAGGAGUUUCCUGACGAGUAUGACGGUAUCGUGUCUGCUGCGCCUGCAGUGAAUUUCCAUGCUGUUGUCGCUGCUGGUAGUAAUAUGUUUAAGAUUACUGGUCCACCUGGUUCGGCUACGCAUUUGAAUCGAGAUCAGUGGAUUGCGGUUCAUCAGAUGGUGGUUGGCCAAUGUGAUGGGAUUGAUGGGGUUUUGGAUAAUGUUAUCGAAGAUCCUAUGAAGUGUCAACCUAGACCUGAGGAGUUACUGUGUGGACCUGGUCAGACGUGGACUUCUCAUCAGUGUCUCACCGCUGCCCAGGUUUUGACGGUUAGAAAGAUUUAUUCACCGGUUUAUGGGAACGAUGGGAAGUUCAUAAGCCCGAGGUUGAAUCCUAUUACGAAGGAGUUUGUGGGUUAUCUUUUCAUGUAUGGCGGUGUGCCGGGUUAUAUCGGUGAUGAGUGGUAUAAGUAUGCACUCUAUAACGACCCAACCUGGUCUAUCCAGAACGAUUUCAACUGGGACGUCGUCGACCACGACUUCCAACAAGACCUCUUCGGUGUCGGAACCGAGAAAACAGAUCUCACCGACGCUAAAAACAAUAACACUCGUAUCCUCAUGUACCACGGCCUAGCAGACUGUAUGAUAACUUCCGAAAACAGUUAUGAUUACUACGAAGGCGUGUCUAGGGAUAUGGGUCUGCCUUCCUCUCAACUAGAUGAUUUUUAUAGAUUUUUCCCGGUAGCUGGACUAGAUCAUUGUACAUCCGGAGAUGGGGCUUGGUUUGUUGGAGGGUCGAAUCAGUAUACUACCGCGGGCGCUUUGAACAUUGAUCCUGCGGAUAGUGUGUUAAUGACAAUGGUGAAAUGGGUCGAGCAGGGUAUCGCGCCAGAUACGUUGACGGGACGGAAGUUGGUUGGCGGCGUUGUUACAGGCGAGAAAGCGCACUGUAGACAUCCGUUAAAAACGACAUAUAAGGGCGUGGGUGAUCCAAAUCUUGCAUCAAGUUGGGAGUGUAGGACCGCUUGA